ACAGGAGGCAGGGGUAGAAUCUUAUAACAUCAGAGCUGGGAAGACUCUUGGGGCAAAGUUAUUGGGCUCUUUCCUUUUACAAUUUUAGGAAGCUGUGAUCCAGAGGAGUGACAUGACCUCGCCAAAGUCUCACAGCUGGUUGGUAGCAUAGCCAGGACAAGGGACCCAGACCCGCUUCAGCCAGGAGCCAGCUGACCAGACCGUGGUGGCCGGACAGCGGGCUGUGCUCCCCUGUGUGCUCCUUAACUACACUGGGAUCGUGCAGUGGACCAAGGAUGGGCUAGCCCUGGGUAUGGGUCAGGGCCUCAAAGCCUGGCCUCGGUACCAGGUGGUGGGCUCUGCAGAUGCUGGACAGUACAACCUGGAGAUCACAGAUGCCGAGCUCUCUGAUGAUGCUUCCUAUGAGUGCCAGGCCACAGAGGCUGCCCUGCGUUCCCGGAGAGCCAAACUCACCGUGCUCAUCCCUCCAGAAGACACCAGGAUUGAUGGAGGCCCUGUAAUUCUGCUGCAAGCAGGCAUCCCCCACAACCUCACAUGCCGAGCCUUCAAUGCCAAGCCUGCCGCCACCAUCAUCUGGUUCCGGGAUGGGACACAGCAGGAGGGUGCUGUGGCCAGCACGGAAUUGCUAAACGAUGGGAAGAGGGAGACCACCAUCAGUCAGCUGCUCAUCAACCCCACAGACCUGGACAUUGGGCGUGUCUUCACCUGCCGCAGCAUGAAUGAGGCCAUCCCCAGUGGCAGGGAGACUUCUAUAGAGCUCGACGUGCAUCACCCCCCUACAGUGACCCUGUCCAUUGAGCCACAGACCGUGCAGGAGGGUGAACGUGUUGUCUUUACAUGCCAGGCCACAGCUAACCCUGAGAUCCUGGGCUACAGGUGGGCCAAAGGGGGUUUCUUGAUAGAAGAUGCCCACGAGAGUCGCUAUGAAACAAAUGUGGACUAUUCCUUUUUCACGGAACCUGUGUCUUGUGAGGUUCACAACAAAGUGGGGAGCACCAACGUCAGCACUUUAGUAAAUGUCCACUUUGCCCCCCGAAUUGUAGUUGACCCCAAGCCCACAACCACAGACAUUGGCUCUGAUGUGACCCUCACCUGUGUCUGGGUUGGGAAUCCCCCCCUCACCCUCACCUGGACCAAAAAGGACUCAAACAUGGGGCCCAGGCCUCCUGGCUCCCCACCCGAGGCUGCUCUCUCUGCCCAGGUCCUGAGUAACAGCAACCAGCUGCUGCUGAAGUCGGUGACCCAGGCAGAUGCUGGCACCUACACCUGCCGAGCCAUUGUGCCUCGGAUCGGUGUGGCUGAGAGGGAGGUACCACUUUAUGUGAACGGGCCUCCCAUUAUCUCCAGUGAAGCAGUGCAGUAUGCUGUAAGGGGUGAUGGUGGCAAGGUGGAGUGUUUCAUUGGGAGCACACCACCCCCUGACCGAAUUGCCUGGGCAUGGAAGGAGAACUUCCUGGAGGUGGGGACCCUGGAACGCUAUACAGUGGAGAGGACAAACUUGGGCAGUGGGGUGCUGUCCACACUCACCAUCAACAAUGUCAUAGAGGCCGAUUUCCAGACCCACUACAACUGCACUGCCUGGAAUAGCUUCGGACCAGGCACAGCCAUCAUCCAGCUGGAAGAGCGAGAGGUGUUACCUGUGGGCAUCAUCGCUGGGGCCACAAUUGGCGCAGGCAUCCUGCUCAUCUUCUUCUUCAUCGCCUUGGUGUUCUUCCUCUACCGGCGCCGCAAAGGCAGUCGAAAGGAUGUGACCCUAAGGAAGCUGGACAUCAAGGUGGAGACUGUGAACAGAGAGCCACUCACAAUGCAUUCUGACCGGGAGGACGAUACUGCCAGCGUAUCCACAGCGACCCGGGUCAUGAAGGCCAUCUAUUCAGUGAGGUCCUUUAAGGAUGAUGUGGACCUGAAGCAAGACCUGCGCUGUGAUACCAUUGACACCCGGGAGGAGUAUGAGAUGAAGGACCCCACCAAUGGCUACUAUAAUGUACGUGCCCAUGAAGACCGCCCGUCCUCCAGGGCAGUGCUGUAUGCUGACUACCGUGCCCCUGGCACUACCCGCUUUGAUGGCCGCCCCUCAUCCCGUCUCUCCCACUCCAGUGGCUAUGCCCAGCUCAAUACGUACAGCCGGGCUCCCACCUCUGACUAUGUCCCUGAGCCUUCAUCCUCUGGCCCUGCUGCCCCAGCUGGUACUGACACAACAAGCCAGCUGUCCUACGAGAACUAUGAGAAGUUCAACUCCCAUCCCUUCCCUGGGGCAGCUGGGUAUCCCACCUACCGACUGGGCUACCCCCAGGCCCCACCUUCCGGCCUGGAGCGGACCCCAUACGAGGCAUAUGACCCCAUCGGCAAGUAUGCCACAGCCACUCGAUUCUCCUACACUUCCCAGCAUUCGGACUACGGCCAGCGAUUCCAGCAGCGCAUGCAGACUCACGUGUAGGGACCGGAGCCUGGCUGGGGCAUCUCUGCGGGGCAGAGGAGAAGGCUUUCACAGCUGUUCCCUGAUAUUCAGGGGCGUAGCUCGUUGCUCCUUUCAGCCUUCCUCCUCCCGCUGUGGCAGGUGGGGAGCAGGUCUCCCGGAAACACCCCGUCCCGAGGAUGGUGCUCUGCGCAUGCCCCAGCCUCCUGGGCCUGCCCUUCCCUCUUCUUCGGGAGGAUGUGUCUCUUCUGACCUGCACUCUUGCCUGACCCCAGCAUGGGGACAGGGAAAGUAAAGGUUGGGGAGAACAGAGGGGCCACUUUUUAGCAUUCCCUUUCUAUCCCACCCCUCUGGUCUCCCAUAAGUGGACAAGGGGGGUAGAUGGGAGUGGGCAGGCUUUGACCUAGGGGACAUGAAGUAUGGAAUAGGUGGUUCUGGUACAGACAGAUGGAAAAGGGGAUAGCCAGGCCAGUCCUUCUGUUGUCUGCCCUGGGUGCAUCUCUCCUUCCUCAGGGGACUGCAGAUGGUAUCUUGCAUUUAGUUUAGCUCUUGUCUACAAAACAGAUCUAACGCUGAGUUCAGAUCCAGCCCCCGCUUAGCUGGGAUCAAAAUGCAGUCAAUCUGGCUGCUACUCUGGACUCCUGUCAGCGUGUGAAAAUGAUCCAGAAAUCACCAGUGGCUCUGCUGCUUUUCCUUCUCCUCUGUACUGGGCCAACCAGAUGGUGGAGAAAGUAAGGUCAGGACCACAUCUUGGUUACCAUCAACAGAUCCCUGUGUGCUGCAUGGCAGUUCCCAGUUCCAACACCAGAGGGAGCAACUCAAGCCUACUCCCUGUAUUUUACUCCACUUCCUGGUUUUAACUCUUGAGCCUGUGUAGGGGGUGAUAGGGUGGUGUAGGGUGCUAAAGGCUAUUUUUCAAAGGCAACAAAAAAACAAUGAAAACCUCAUUUGGAAAGAAAAGCUGUAGGGUUCUCCCACCCAAAUACAAGUCCCAAUGGAAAGGAAAGGGGGCACCCGUCCUCUACCAGGUUCCUAACACCCACCAUUACCUUACAGUCUCCAAGCACUUUUGAGUCCAUUUUAUACAGCCAGGUGGUGAGACCUAUCACACCUGCAGGUGGGUUCUGAUAGAGUUCUUAUGGGGCCUGGUUCUCAAACUCUGCUGCCCUACCUUAGGCCCUACCAGCUGGUUAGAGACCACCUUCCAGGGGACAUGGGAGAUGCUCUCCCCAGACAAG